GUCCGAUUGGCUCCCGGAGCUGUCAGUUUACGCCUCCCCCACCGCCUGCUCCUGUAACCCCUGGCAACAAAACAAACGUACGGAGCGGAGUUCAAGCUAAAGUUUCAACGAGCGUUGUUGUUAGCGAAGUAAAGAUGCCACAGAAGAGACCAAAAAGUGCAACAAGCAGUGCAGGCAAGAUGAAACAUAAAGACAGGAAGCCCGAGUCACCUGCUCCUAUAGAAAAGCCUGAUCACCCUGAGGAUAUCUUCCCCAUGGUCCUGACGUCGGUGACCCAGGAGCUCUUUGGUUGCCGUGCAGAUGAGGACGUAACCAGCGAGAGUCCUUACAAGCUGCUGAAAAAGGACGACAUCAUACAGGACAUUAAGACAAGAGCUGCAGUGUCUGAUUUCAGCCCUGUGAAGCAGAGAGUGCUGGACUACCCAGACGAUGAGAUCUUGCUGGUUUUUGACCGAGACUUCAUUUAUGGCCAGUGUUUCUACCUGGUGAUGACACAGGAAGCUAAGGAACUCAUUCUCAAUCCCCCAGAGCCUGAAGAGAUACCAGCAGAGAUUGAAUGUGAAGUCAAUAAAACCCCAGAGCCACAGAAAUGGAUAUCACUUGGCAGUGAGCUGGAAAUAGAGGAAGAGUCUGUCAAAGAGACCAGAGAAAAGCUGUGCUUCGUGUUCUCUAAAGAGCGGAGAAUGUUUGGGGGACCAGUCUGUUUUUCCGACAGCAACGCCGCAGAUGAUAAGUAUGGCAACCUGGGGUGUCCUUCGUAUCAAGACAGCAGAUUCAGCAUCAAGCAGAUGCAGAGAGACUGCGGGACACAGGCUGCUCCCACACUGCAGAGCAGCAGUGCUCAGACACAGUGGAAGAGAAAGAAGAAUAUGUGUACCCAGUACAAGCCCAGAGAGUUCAGUCAAGAAGAAAAAGACAAUAUCCUCCAAAGUGAGAGUCUGAAGAACUUUUGCAACUUAGUGACACCCAGGAUGUUAUAUGCCCUUCAGCAGGAAGAGAUUAUGAAUGUGUUCCUUGAUGACUUGAAGGCUCUGGGGACAUGCCCUGAAGAAGGUGAAUGUUCUGGGAAGGAUUCUGCAGAAUUGAUGCUUUAUCAGGCCUUCACAGACCAGACGUACUCAAAGGACAGAACAAUCAGCUGCAUCAACUGGCACCCGACUAUCUAUGGUUUGAUAGCUGUGGCGUUUACAGCGAAAAAGGAGCAGCAGUCUGAUGAGCCGACUUCGUCUGAUGUCAGACCGUCUCACAUUGUCUUCUUUUGCUUCUCUAAUCCCUAUGAUCCCCAGUUGCUGCUGGAGUGCCCAGAUGACAUUUACGCCUUUGAGUUCUGCCCCUCAGAUCCAAAUAUUAUUGUUGGCGGCUGCAGGAAUGGCCAGGUUGUAUUAUGGGACAUUUCUGGUCACAUCACGCACUUACAGAGAGCACAGUCAAGUGGUAAAAAGGUCUCUGUCAACACUGACACCUUCGACCUUGAUGACAACAAAGAGAAAAAGACUCCUGUCGUGCGCUGCUGUGCAGUGUCUGCCAUGGACAGCAGCCACAAAGCACGAAUCACUGAUGUGAAGUGGCUGCCACCAACGUUUGAGGUGACCAGGAUGGGGGUACCAGUGGAGAACCAGUAUAACACUUCGGUUCAGGUGGUCACCUGCUCUCCUGACUGCUCUAUAAUGUUCUGGGACGUGCGACUGCCAAAACCAUUGAAUCAGUCAGCAUUGGACAGGAAGAAGACUGAGGAUCAGAAGGUCCAGAUGACUCCCUACAGUGUCCCUGACACUUUCAAACACCUGGACCGCACAUGGAAACCACUACUCAGGGUUUCACUGCCAAACAUCAAUACCAGCGAAGAAUACGUUCCUUUGAAAUUCAGCUUCCAACACUACACCUGUAAAGGAAACACAGACAGAAACACAGAAGAAGCUGAUAAGAGCUCAGAGAUCAUCCGAGACUUCAGCCAGCUCAGGCUGCCCUCGGCCAAAACACUCACAACUCUGGAAGACGUCAACACCAAGUUCUAUAUCGGAACCGAGGAUGGGGAGAUUGUUUACACUGACUGGAAACUGGAGAAGGACGAUUCUGGACGGCUGCAAAGUGCCAAGCCCCUCCACUGUUUCAGCAUCCAUAGCUGGAUGGUAAACACGAUACAGCGGUCGCCCUUCUUCAAAGACAUCAUUUUGACCACAGGAGGUUGGAAGUUUGCCAUCUGGAAGGAGGGAGUCAUGGACGGCCCCAUCAUCGUGUCACCAAUCUCCGAACAUGUGAUCACUGUGGGAUGCUGGUCCCUGUCCCGGCCAGCAGUGUUUUUCAUUGGGAAAGACGACGGCAGCAUUGAGGUGUGGAACCUGCUGGAAAAGACCAGUGAGCCUACCCAGGUCCACGCACACAUCACCAACGCCAAGAUUACCUGCAUCACACCCUGGACCGCCACGCCCAAGCAGCACAUUCUGGCUGUGACUGACGACCUUGGAGUGGUUCGUGUUUUUGAAAUUCCAAAGACACUCUACAUUCCCUCCAAGAGCGAGAGUUUGAAUGUGAAGAAGCUCUUUGAACUGGAGGAAAACAGGUUGAAGGAUUAUUUGCAGAGGGAGAAGUUGUCUCAAAAAGAGCAGAAGGAGGCUGAAGAACUCGAGAAGAAAAUGGAGCCAAACGAGCCACUGAAAUCCGAGCAGGAGGAAGAAGACACACACUUAAAGGAGUACAGGGAAUACAUGGUACUGGAGUAAAGUUGUUCCUGAAGGACAGGGGCCUGUGGUCAGUUACUGCAGACACACAGGAUCACAUCCAGUCUGAAACACACAUGCAGUACAUACAUACUGUUGUCGUUAUAUUGUUAGGAUACUUCACUGAAGACCUUGGGAGGUUCAGAUAAAAUGACGAACUGUUGGGAGCUUUGAAAUUAAAAAAAGGAAAGGCAGGGGGACAUUCCACAGCAG